AUGCAUGUGAGUACUAGGGUUAGAGACUAUGAAAAGCAGAAGAGGAGCAGAGAGAGAGAGAGAGAGAGAGAGAUAGAGAGAGAGAGAGAGAGAGAGAGAGAGAGAGAGAGAGAGAGAGAGAGAGAGAGAGAGAGAGAGAGAAGAGAGAGAGAGAGAGAGAAAGAGAGAGAGAGAGAGAAGAGAGAGAGAGAGAGCAGACGGAAAGAGAGAGAGAGAGAGAGAGAGAGAGAGAGAGAGAGAGAGAGAGAGAGAGAGAGAGAGAGAGAGAAGAGAGAGAGAGAGAGAGACAACGAGUGUGGACCAUGGCCCUAG